GCCGAGGUCCCGCACGGCCGCCGUCCCCACCGGCCCCAUCCAGCGCCUGCUGCCGCCGCUCCAGGAGGCGGAGCGCGUCGCAGGCUGCUCCCGUCAGUUCCCGAGGCGGAGACGGCGGCGGCCGCAGUUUAGCUAAAAAUGGCAUCCGCACUGAAUCAGAAAGAAAUGACUGGUGACCACAAUUCAUGGGAUAGUUUGCUACCAGAUUUCCCUAAAGGCCCGCUUUCCAGAUAUCGUGAGAAAGCCUCCUUCAACUGGAAGGAGAUGGCAGUGUUCAUAGAUGGUGAAGAUACCAUCCAGUUGAAGAAUAGACUCUUCUCUGCUCUGGAAAAUGAUCCUCUCUUUGCACAUCAUCCUGGAGAAGAUUUGUGCCAUGAGAAAUAUCGGGAGCUGACAUUCCUGCGCUGUAAAAGAUUCUUUGAGUAUGAGUUUCUUACUCAGCAAGAGAUUCUGGAGAACCCAUUAAGAUCCUUUAACAUGGUGCUCUGUUUAGGAAUGUACGAUUGGUCUCCAUGUCUUCAGUUUGUCUUACAUUCCGGUGUAUUUGCAGGUCCAAUUAUGAGUGCUUCUAAGAGAUUUGCACACAUUUUGAAACAAACUUAUAGCAUGGAGAUAUUUGGAUGUUUUGCUCUGACUGAACUCAGCCACGGAACUAACACCAAAGGCAUACGGACUACAGCCGCAUUUGAUCCCAGCACUCAGGAAUUUGUCAUCAAUACACCUGACUUUGAAGCUGCAAAGUUCUGGGUUGGUAAUAUGGGGAAACAUGCCACUCAUGCGGUUUUGUUUGCCCAGCUCUAUACUCCUGAUGGAAAGUGCCAAGGAAUACAUUCCUUUCUUGUACAGAUUCGAGAUACAAAAACUCUCCUACCAAUGCCAGGUGUGAUGGUAGGUGACGUAGGAAAGAAACUUGGGCAGAAUGGGUUGGAUAAUGGAUUUGCCAUGUUCCACAAUGUCAGGAUACCAAAAGAAAACAUACUAAAUAUAGCUGGAGAUGUCACAGCUGAGGGGAAGUACUCAAGUUCUGUCAAGGAUGUUAAAGAACGUUUCAGUGCAGCUCUGGGAUCCUUGUCCUCUGGCAGAAUUAUGAUCACAGGAUUUUCCGUGACCAAUUUAAAGCUUGCCUUGGCAAUAGCCAUUCGCUUCUCAGCAGCUCGCCGUCAGUUUGGACCAACUGAGGAUGAAGAAAUACCUGUCCUUGAGUAUCAAACACAGCAAUGGCGUCUUUUACCUUAUCUGGCUGCUGCGUAUGUCUUAGAUUAUUUCUCAAAGUCCCUGUUUGAGAACUUUGUUGAGUUUUUUCUGGGUGUGUUGACAAAGCAAAAGAGUCAGAGACAGGCUGAUUUGGGACGUGAGAUUCAUGCUUUAUCUGCUGCCAGCAAACCGCUGGCAUCUUGGACUGCUCAGCAGGCAGCCCAGGAGUGCCGAGAAGCUUGUGGAGGACACGGUUACCUUGCCAUGAAUCGUCUGGGUGAAAUCCGAAAUGACAAUGAUCCGAACUGCACGUAUGAGGGAGAUAACAAUGUACUGCUUCAGCAAACCAGCAACUACUUAAUGAGCUGGAUGAAUUGCAUAAGAGAUAAAGCUCCUUUUGAAUCCCCUUUGGGAACAAUAAACUUUUUGCAAGACUACCAUCAUAUCCUUGGCUGGAAGUUCACAGCCAUUAGUGCUAAAGAUUGCAUGGACUCCGCAGUUCCUUUAGCAGCUUAUAAAUGGCUGGUUUGCUACCUGCUCCGAGAAAGUGACCUAAAAAUGAAUAAGGCGAAGCGGGCUGGACUAAGUGAUUUUGAGGCAAAAAACAACUGUCAGGCGUACUACUGUCGGUCUCUGGCGAUUGCUUUCAUUGAGCAAACAGCCUUACAGCGCUACCACGACUACACUCACAAUCCCAGCGUCCCGGCGGCUCUGCAGCCAGUGCUGAGGAAUCUCAGCGCUCUCUAUGGGCUCUGGUCCUUGAGUAAACACCUGGCUGUGCUCUACCAAGGUGGCUAUGCUUCAGGUCAACAACCUGGGAAAUUUAUUCAGGAUGCUAUUCUGGAGCUCUGCAACAGGUUGAAAGAUGAUGCAGUUGCCCUGGUUGAUGUCUUUGCUCCUUCUGACUUCAUUCUCAAUUCUCCCAUUGGUAAAGCAAAUGGAGAGAAAUAUUGGGGAACUCAACUUUCCUCCAAUUCAGCUUGCUCAUGCAUGGAAGCUGCGAGGUACAUGCUGAAGCUUAGACACUACCUCACCUCAGCCUCAUCCAAGGAAAUUCAUAAAGAACACUUCAUAUUACUGACAAAGGUAUUUGGGACGGUUGGAAAGUGCUUCACAAGUUUUUUCCAUUCCAAUUCUUCAUUUUGGGCAGUCCUUACCAGACCUUGCUCUAGGUUUUGGCUCUUCUCUACCCAAAGCUGGCUAGAAUAAUUUCAGUUAUAAAACAUUUGCCAAACAUUCCUCUAUUCUUCAGCCUCUUUUCACCACAUUACCCCAGAUUUCUAAUUUGCCUAGUAGCACUUUCCCCCCUUCCUACCUUAUCAGUUUCUCUCCUUGAUUGUCAUUAUCUCGUGGGAAUCUCUACAAAUAUUUAAAACUAUUUCAUAUCCCUAACUCCUACUUCAGAACUCAGAAGUUAAUACAUAAUGCUGCUCUCUCCCUGGUAACACUUGAGUGGGUACCCAACAGCUGCUCCACAGGGAGAUAUUCAUAUCUCAGCCAUUGGAAUCUUUCUUCAGAAGCUCUCAUUUCCCAUGGAGUCAGCGCAGAAUGCUGUUGUUUCUAACUUUGGUACAGGUACUAGACAUAGGGAAUAUCCUUAAUAAAUGACAGAGGCUUUAGAAGAGUUCAUGUAGGAAACAAUUUUCUUCUAGGAGAGCAGAAACCUCUCUUUUAUGGUUCUGUGUUCCACCUAAGUUUUUUGAAGAAAUAGGAAGAGUGAUGGUUUGCAGGGCAUAAAAAACACUGCUGUUGAUCUGUGUUAUUGGUCCUUUUGAUAUUCUGCUCCCCUCCCUCUGCCCUUACCCAGUGCUGUGUGAUGAGCAGGUGUUGGUCACAGCCUGGGCACGAUCCUGAACCCACAUCUCACUCAUGCCCUGAAGCUGGCCUUGCAUGUUUAAUCCCUAAUGGUGGCCAGGUGGUUACUGAGCAUUUUGAAGACUACUGACCCUAAUGAUUUCCAAACCAAUGUUUAUGCAAAUGGGAGGCACAGGAUGUUUAAUGUCUGUCUGCUACACUUCUAGCACCAGAAACCAUGCAAUCCUCUAUCAUUAUUUAACAGCUCAUUUGAGAAUAGCAGGGUGAUUCCCCUUUCAGCAGCAGUGGCCCAGAAAAUGCAAGAUUACAUGAUUUCAGUCACCUCUUGACAGCUUACAAGAAAGUAAGUUUAAAAGGUCUUUGUGGGGCUGGAAAUUUCUGAUUGCAGAAGCCCAAUCUUAAAUGAAAUACCAUAAAACACUAGUAGGGAAUAAAAGACAUUCUUUUAGAGUUACAGAAAAAUGCAUAUUGCAGGUAAUUUCUCAGUAAAAGUGCCUACUAGGAAUCUUCAAGUUUGUCUGCAAAUGUAAUAAAGUCCAGGAGAGGAAGCAGUGUUGGAGAUAAAUGAUGCAGAAGGAUCUCUACAGUAGCAAUGAAAAAAACCCACCAUUUGAAAAUAUAUGAUCUUACUCCACCUGAUUUUUAAUAGUAAUGGGAAAGAAUUAAGAAGAAUAAAUUUCAAAGUGCAAAUUCAAAUGUACAUAUGUUGUAGUAGAUUUAAUUAGCCCUCAUAAAGACUCGAAGGGAACAGUUGCAAAUGGUAGAUCAGACCAGAACUUUAUCAAAAAGGAAAAAAACCAAAUUUGGAUAUAAAAACAUCACCUGAAAAUAACAGAUCCAUGGUCCAGACAUUCUGAAUUUUCCUGUAAUAUUCAAAGCAUAAGACAAGAAAAUGUAUUAAAAUGUCAUUCAGUCUGAGAGAAAAAAUUUGGAUGGAUGCACUGGUUUAACAUAAUAGACCUCCAGAUAUGAGUGAGGCUGUCAGAAUAAGUUUUCCUGAGUAAUUCAUUCACAGAGAAGAAAAAUUCAGAGAUAAAGUAAUUAGGAAUACCUGCACCAAAUCGGAGAGAUGAGUGGAAUCAGAUGUUUCAAUUACUGACAUGGCUGUAUUUCACACGGGCUUUAUCACUCAGUUUACUAUCAAUAAGAAAAUGAAACUAUUAAGGACAGUAUAGAAUUAACCCUGAUUAAAGAAAUCCAACAGCUUUAAAUCCAAUUCAGCUAAGGCUUAACACUGAAAAGCAUCACACUGUUAAUUUCUAACCCAGUUGUUCAGUUAGAGCCUGAACUGCAAUGUUUGAAAAUUAACAUACUCCCAUAGGAACGCAGAAUUUCAAAAUAUAGUGCUGUUGCAUGUCUUUUUCCACUUGAUCUACCUGAUAUAAAAUGAGUAGAAUAAGGGCAGAUUGUAAAUGAGUCCAAAUUUUAAAAAUCUGGAUAUGUUAUUAAGGGCAGACAAUAAGCAGUAGUAAGCACAUGGGGAAAAUUCUACACUUCGAGCCAUGAUUUUUCUUUCAAGGAACAUUUUUGCAGCUCUGCUCUUUAUAUAAACUGAGACUCCUCAGGUUCCAUCUGCCCCUUUGACAAUUCUCUGAGGAUGCAGCCUGCAAACCAGCUAAGUACCAAAGCCCUCAAAUAUACAUACCAGUCCUUCAAACCCUUUGAAAGCAAAGCGUCUUUCAGCUUUUCCUUGACAAGAUCUAGUGGGACAGACACACCAACUGCUCAGACCCUAAAAAGGGCUUUUUGAAGCAAAACAUAUGAGUACAGUGAAUAUUCAAAAUGAGACUACAGCGCGUACAGACUGCCUGAAAAUUAAGCAUAAAUCAGAGCUGAGACACCUAUAGUGGUAUUUGUAUUAUAUAGGCAGUAUUAGCAACUGGCAGCAUCUUGGUUUAAACAAUCAAUCAGCCACCUCUUUGACUUGGCUCACUAUCAGGUGACCUAGUUAGAGAAAAUAAGUUCAUUAAUAAGAUGUGUACAAUUAAAACCAAUUCAUGGCAGAUUUUGCCACACAAUAGAUAACUUGCAUAUCUGCAAAUGGCAUAUGUCAUUCCUUGACAGUUUCAGUCAAUUAUAUACUCCCUUUUGAUAAAAAUAAGAUCAGAUUUUUAAAGCUUUAUCUCUAGAAACAUUCUGCUUUCCAGUGGUUUGGUUUGUGACGGGAACAGAAAUCUGCUUUCCACUGAAGAAGAAGGCAGGUGGGGUGGCAGUACAUAUCUGGGACUCUAGAAAAAGGCAGCUCUUGCCUUGUCAGUAUUGCAGUUGCCCUCCAUUUUUACAUUCUUCCUCCAUAAUAAGGCUGAAAGCCACUGAGAAGAUUUUUCCCGGGCUGCAUGCUCUAUCUGUGCUAUGGAAUAUAUACAAUCACUAGAGCAGAAAGAUUGGACACAGUUCUCAUGCUGAUACUAAUGAGGUUCCUGGUAUAAUUUCCAUACCCCCUCUAAGCUGAUGCUAUAAAUAACAAUCAAUGCAACCUUAAAUGGCUAAGUCUUGAUAAAGUUUCUGAUGGUGCCAAAAUAUCCUAUUUCUCUGCUUGCCAGCUGCUUUCAAUAAAGUGCCUUCCAUCUUAUGGAGCUAUGUUUGCAUUACCCUCCUCCCCCUGAGCUGCUUACAGUGAUGCUUACAGUUGGGUCAAACUUUUUCCCCCAUCUUGCCCUUUUGCCUCUGUAUAAAAAGUAGGCUCAUUAUUCUCUGGAGCCACCCACAAAGAAUAAAGGACAUGUAUAUACCA